GCACUUUUCAGGUUCUGUUGUAUCCAUAUCACAUCCUCAGCCAAAUGAUGUGGUGCAUAGCAUUGCUUGACCUGAAAAACGGCGAAUCGCACAGCCCUGCUGCACCGACUCUAUGUGGAGUGCCACUGAUAGAGAAUGAAAAGAGGGUAAGGUCCCAAUAAGAGGCACCAUGACACCCUUCGAAGACAUCCUGUACCUCUUCAACAACAUUCUCCUGGGCGAAGAACCUACGAUAGAAGAUUUCAUUCUUCUGAUAGGGACUUCGGUGGCGUUCAUUGCAUUUAUCCUGUGGUGUUGCUUCCCCAUUGUGCCAAAGGACACACCCGCCACGCAACAGUCCCAGUCGGAGAGCCUCAAGUACACGCAGUACAAGAAGACGGAUUAUUACGACGAGGAGUGAUCCACCCUCCUCUCCCCCUGCAUUCUCAAUGCAGUAUCCCCCAAACUUAUUUGUGAUAUUUUUUUGAAAUGUUUUCAAGACUUUGGUUCCUUGCAUUGUUUCUGCCAACCCGUUCUCUUUGUUAUGCAUUGGUUUUUAAGUUGGAGAGUUUUGUUCUCCCCAUGAUAAAAGGUCCACUAUAUAUUCAGUGUCUUCGUA